UCAUGUCAGGGCGGCGGCGCGCUGCGUUGUGGGAGGGAGCUGGUUCACCAUCAUGGCGGCUUCCAUUUCGGGUUAUACGUUUAGUUCCUUGUGUUAUCACAGCGCUAACAGCAAUUCUGAUCACGAAGGAUUCCUACUAGGAGAAGUGAGACAAGAAGAGUCGUUCUCCAUCAGUGACUCUCAGAUUAGUAACACAGAACUCUUACAGGUCAUAGAGAUCCAUAGGCAUGAACCAUGCACAAAACUGUUCAGCUUUUAUGAUUACAAGGGCACUGUCAACGAAGAAAGCCUCGAUCGAAUCCUCAAAGACAGACGGAAAAACGUGAUUGGUUGGUACAAGUUUCGGAGAAACACCCAACAGCAGAUGUCAUAUAGAGAACAGAUUUUGCACAAGCAACUAACUCACCUCCUUGAUGUUCCUGACCUCGUCUUCCUGCUCAUCAGCUUCAUUUCUACUGCCAACACUUCCACUCAUGCCUUGGAAUAUGUGCUCUUUAGGCCUAAUCGCAGGUAUAAUCAGAGAGUCUCUCUAACUAUUCCAAACCUGGGCACAACCAGUCAGCAGGAAUAUAAAGUGACAUCGGUGCCAAACACCUCGCAGAAUUAUGCCAAAGUGAUCAAAGAACAUGGUACCAAUUUUUUUGACAAAGAUGGUGUGAUGAAGGACAUCCGAUUAAUUUAUCAGGUUUAUAAUGCGUUACAGGAGAAAGUUCAGGUCAUCUGUGAAGAGGUAGAAGAGAGCGAGAGGGUUGUAGAAGUUCGCCAGGCAGAAGUAAAUGAACUCCGAGCCCAGAUCUGCAACAGGAAGGCAGAAAAGCAACGCAAAGAGAAUCUGCGCCAGUCCAUGUUAAUCCAGACACAAGGGCCUGCAGAGAGCAUGGUGACGUUUGCUGACUGUUUAGGUGCCACUUCCAGACCACAAGAACUCCUUCCUCCUCCUUACUCAGAAGAGCGUAUCCAUGCCGAAGAAGGAGUAGACAGUGCACCCGAUAUGCCCAGGCCACAGGCUGUUGGAUCUUCCUGUCAUAUUAUCCAAGAUAUUAAAGAUAUCAGCAAAAUCUCCUCUAACGAAGACACAGAUGAAUCGCAUAGUGAUUAUAGGAAGUCGCAGCACCGUUCAGAAUCCCCAGACAGUGAGAUGACGGAGGAGCAGCCUUACCACGCUACCACACAGCCAGAUGGAGAACUGGCACAGCAGUGACUAACCCCCUCAUGCCCGAGACCAGUAGAAGGUCAGAUUCUGGCAUGAAAACCCUGGAAUGUAGACAGUUGAAGCUGCCAGCCUUUUAUUGGGAAUCUGUAAGCUGCCUGUGUGUGGGCCUUAUACUCCCAUCAGCUUCCUGUACUCACUGGUUUCUGAAUGGCCAGUGCUUGUGUGGAGCUGACGAGUACACCGAGCUGCUUGUUGUAUGUCUCAUGUAUAUUUUGAGCCAGUAAAGUCAUCCUCCAGGGGGGGCAUUGUGUAGAUUAAAGGGAUUUUUAUAGGUAAUAAGGGAGGCGGGUCAUUGAACAGCUCACACCCUAGAGUGAAUUAACCUCUAAACUUCCAAACUAGCAUCCAUCAUAGCCAAGGGUGGAGUUCCCCUUUCAGUGCUUCUUCACAGUACACUUCUCCGUUCUCCCCGUGUGUCACUUAAUCCAAUAUAAUGUUCAGCUCAUGCACCUUUUGAAAAUCUGAUCAAUCACUAAAAUUGCACAAUAAUGCGCCUUUGUAUAGACAGGGGGUUUUAUUCCCCCCUCCCCAGUGAGCAAUCGUUUUAUUUAAAUGCUAAAAAAAAAUGGACUGUGGAUGGAGCGUGAGACUCCACGUUCUCCUUCAGAUCACAAGGUGGCUUAUGGAAACCUCACCCAAUAGAGAAACCAAAGUGUCCAUACGAGUAGGUGACCUGGUGAGUAAGAGAAAGCGCUGGACAUGGGGAGGCCGACCCUGCACAAGCUUUCGGGAUGCUCUGCGCCCAGCCUCUGACUCUAGGGUAAAAUCUCAGAUCUCUGUCUUGCCUGAUCAAUAAUUGUGUCACCUUUUUAAUUCUUCUCCCCCAUGACAUGGACAACCUCGUCAACUAACUGCUGCAAUGUGACAAGUACAGUGGUGUCAAACAUUUUAUAAUUAGCUGCACUUUUUAUUAAAUUAAUUUACUAAGUAGGUUACCUAUCCCCCCCCCCCCCCCCUCCCCCUGUACGUCUCUGAAUUCAGCUACUAAUACUUUGGACUGAGGUGCCUGAUCCUUCACUUGGACGUUACUUGUACAGAAGCGCAGCACAUGGGUCGCCGCCGGCUCGUUGGCCGGACCGUAUUCUGUUUGGCGCUGGCCUUCAGACGCUAGCUACAGGACGUCACGUUUACUGCCGAUUAAAACCUCUGCCAGGAAAAAUGGUAACGGAGAGCCCGUGUCAUUCUUGGAAUGGUGCACAUAUUUCAGCCUUAAGACUGGUACAAAUCAAACAUAAUAAACUUUAGUUUAUCGAACCCUGG